AUGGCUACGACGAAUGAUAGAGAACUCAAGAGAGUGGCAGACAGUCCUGUCAAUUCUGACUCUGAGACCACUGGGCCUGUUGUCAAUGAGCGCUCACUGCUGAGGAGGUUGGAUAGGAAACUGCUGCCAGCAGUCGGUCUCUUGUACUUGCUGAGCUUCCUGGAUCGGAGCAACGUCGGCAAUGCGAGAAUUGAGGGUCUAUUGACCGAUCUUCAUAUGACUGGAAACCAAUACCUCAACGGAUUGACCUUGUACUUCGUUGGCUAUGUACUGUUUGAGAUACCAUGCAACAUCGCACUCAAACGUACUAGUCCUAAGAUAUGGCUUCCAACCCUGACAAUUGCAUGGGGCAUAGUGGCCACACUGCUGGGAAUAGUGCAGAACACGGGAGGGUUUUAUGCAGCUAGGUUCUUCCUCGGAGUCACUGAGAGUGGUUUGUUCCCUGGGGUGGUGUUCUAUUUCUCGAUGUGGUACAAGCGACGAGAACGUCAAUAUCGUGUAUCAAUGUUCUUCAGCGCGGCAUCUCUCGCGGGCGCGUUCGGUGGUGCGUUAGCAUAUGGCAUUGGAAGAAUGAGAGGAAUUGUCUGGGAGAACGGCUGGCAUUGGAUAUUCAUUCUGGAGGGGAUUGUCACGGUCCUCGUCGCAGCUGCUUCGUAUGGCUUCGUGUACAAUUAUCCAAGCAACUCGAAGUUCCUGUCGGAAGACGAGCGCACGUUCAUCCAUCAACGACUAGCAGCCGACAGUGAUGCGACCCAUGACGAAGUCUUCACCUGGGAUGCUGUUUGGCAAGCCUUUCGGGACCCGAAAUGCUGGCUGUACGGACUUGGAUUCCAUACGAUGAGCCUCCCCCUUUACACACUGUCACUGUUCCUGGUAGGUUCACUGCUCAACGAGGAGAUCUGGUAUAUUGCGUUCGCUUUCGCAACAACCGUCGCGGUGGCAAUUCUAUCGGAGCGACUAGGCCAAAGAGCCAUCUUCAUCGGCGGAUCAGCACUCUUCGCCGCCAUAGGAUACAGCAUGUUACUUGGCAACACCGACCCUGUUGCAAGACCAGGAGUCAGUUACGCAGCCAUCUUUUUCGCAGCUGGUGGUAUCUACCCUGCUACCGCCCUCGUCCUAUCCUGGCCUGCCAUCAACGUCUCGGGACAGACAAAGCGCGCCAUUGCGAACGCGAUGCAGAUCAGCAUAGGGAACUGCGGCGCCGUGAUAGGGACUCAGCUUUACCGGAGCAACGACGGGCCGAGGUUCGUCGUGGGUCAUUCGGUUGCCUUGGGCUACCUCCUGGCCAACGUGAUUGUCGUCACAAUACUUGGCUUAAUGCUCAAGAAGGAGAACAAAAGGCGACAGGGAAUAGCUGAAGAGACCAAGGACGUGGGCGUACUCACGGACUGGAGGGGAGAUGAAGACCCGCGGUGGCGCUUCGAAUACUGA